AUGGCUAAAUUAUAUUCAUAUUAUACAUUGUGCCCAUUGAAUGAUCAGCAGUCUUUAUUGGGAGUUGAAAAAGAUGUCAAUCCAGGAUGUGCUAUUAUUACUUUAGACCGAAAUAUUGCGAUACGUUACAAGCUUCAUGACUCGAAGCAACUAAACAGCUGGUCUAGUAAAAAAAAACGUUUUACGUCUCAAGUUAUUUAUGAUAGAAAAAAUGAUCGUUAUGCCGCAAUAUUCAACGAAAAGUAUCUUGAAAUUUGGGAUAAAGAUGAAAAAUCUUUGGAUAAUUUAAAAAAGUAUAAUUUUAAUGAUUCAUUAUAUGGUAUACUUACUUUAGAAAAUGAUUCAUCGAUAUUGGUUAAACAAAAUGGAGCUACUGCAUCAUUAAAUUGGGCAUUAGACAAUCGAGAUAUAUGGUCUUCAAAUAAAGGAUUUUUGAGGUCUAAUGAAAAAUUUAUUGAUUGGUCACAUGGUCGGCUUUAUAAAUAUCCAUUGACUUGUCCAUCGUCAGAACCAGCACCGGGAAAUGUUAUUACCGUUUUUUCAUUUAUAAGUACCAAUAAUCCAGUAGCAAUGAUAUCUUUAAAUAAAACUACAAUAGCUAUUUAUGGUGCUGAUGCUAAUGAAGAAGGCGCUGUAUUAUUAAUAUAUAAUAUUGAAUAUAAACUUGUAGAGGCUUCUCAAAAAUUAAAACUCUACACUAAGAAUGCAAAACUUUGGUGUAUUGAUGACAAAUUAUUACUGGCAGCUAAUCGAAGUUUAUCAGUAGCUCAAUUUAAAUUAGCAUCACAAAAAAUGAAUACCAUGCUUGGUUCAUCUUUAAAAAUUAAUAAUAAUUUCAGUAUCAAAAAUAAGAAUAAUAAUAAUAAUAAUAAUAAUGAAAAAGAUUCAAAACCAAUAGAUAAUGAUGAAAAUGAUAAUGAUAAUGAUAUUAUUGAAGUCCGAGAAGCAAUAAUUGUUGAUUGGGAAAAUUUGUCUAGCAAUACUAUUUCAGGAUCACCAAUUAAACUAUCUACGUCAAAAAAUGAUUUUCUACCGAUAAAUCUCACUAAACAAAUAAACGGUUUAUUAAAUGAAGGAGUCAGUGAUGCAACUAUUCAUCAAACGCUUAUGCCUCAAUUGAUUCAACAAAAAGAUGUUAAAUCUAUAUUAUGGUGUAUGGAUAAUUUUAAAGAUCUUCCAGAACAAAUUUUAGUUGACUUAUUAGCAUUUGGACUUAGAACAUCUGACGAAACAUUUUUAAUAACUUUAAAUGGUACAACUUGUGAUGAUGAUGAUGAUAAUGAUGAUGAAAAUAUUUUUAAGACUACAAGAAAUUUAUUUUUAGAUAAAAUUUUUCAACAAAAUUUUUCUGAUUUAUCAUUGUUAGCACACAUUAAAACAACUUUGACUUUUACCGAAAUUUUAACAUUGAUUAACAAUCUUAUUGAUAAAUUAAAUUUAAAUAAAAAUGAUUUUAUCGAUAAAACAAAUGAUAAACAUCUUUAUGAAUGGGCUAGUAUUUUUAUUGAUUCACAUUAUCAACAUUAUCUUUUGUCGCAAGACUCUCAAGUUGUAAUUGUUCUCGAAAGGUUACAUACCAUUAUUGAUAAUCAUUUUGAAAUAGUCAAGGAUUUACAGGAUCUUAGGCCAAUACUGUUACGAAUUAUGAAUGGAAAAUCUUUGAAAUCUCCUCGCAAAUAUUUCAAUAAGUUUUAUUCUAUUGAACAAGUUAAAUUAUAUUGAAUAAUUAA